AUGAUGGAUACUGAUAGGUCUGAUACUGCUCUGGAUAAAUUUCCAAAGUUACAACCCAAGUCUUCCCCCGAUGACGAGUUAACCAUAUCUAAGGUGCACAUUUCAAAGAACUGGAAGUUACCACCACGAUUGAAGCCAGGUAGAAGACCUCAAAUAAAACUCAAGGAUUUGGAUGAAGAUGAAUGCUCAACUCCAGAAGACGAGACUAAAAAGAAGAAACAGAAUAGAGACGCUCAGAGGGCAUAUAGAGAAAGAAGAGCUAACCGUUUACAAGAAUUAGAAGACACAGUGAAUACUUUAAGAAAUGCUAUGAAGAACUGGAAACGGAGAUGUAUGGACUUGGAGGCAGAACUACAAGAUGCAAGAAAAGACAAUUCGAGUUUAAAGCAUCAACUUGACAUGAUAAGGUCUAACCUUUGUAAUGACUGUCUUAAAGAUCCAUGUAUAUGCCACAACGAAUCAGUAACUCUUUUGCAAGACCCAUUUUUACAAAAUAUGGUCAAGAAUUUUAAACCUAUGAAGGCGGUUAAUUUGAAAAAACGUAAAUUAAGCUCCUCCAAGUUAUCUGAAUCACCAGCACCACAGCAACAUAUAGUAUCUGUAGCUUCAGGUGGCUGCGGAUUCUGUUCAGAUAGAACUACUUGUGUUUGCAAGGAUUUAGAAGUAAGCGAUACAGAGCAGCACGAAAUACAACAGCAACAGCAUCUGGAAGAAUCUGUAACGGCUACACUGGGUCAUUGUUCAUCUAACGACAAAGGCCAUUGCAAAAAUUGUUCAGAUAUUGACAAAAGUUGUAUUAGUACAGAAUCUGCACCCGCACCUGCCAAAACAACUCAAAAAUCUACAAGUGCCAAUUGGGAGCCUGGUUCCUGUGCACAAUGUCAGGCCGAUCCGGCUAGUAAAGUGUUUUGCAAAUCAAUCUGUAAUUCCGCUAAUAUAAUAGCCGCUGUAGAAGUUGGUGGUAAGAAGGACGACUGUUCUUCGAAUUUAGCAUUUGAACCUGGAUCGUGCUCACAAUGUCAAGUCGAUCCGCAGCAUAAAGAGUUUUGUGAAGCUGUGUUUUCCAAUGGGGAGCAGCAAUUAAACGCUGAUGAGAAAGCUGAUACGGAUUUGAUACCAGUGAGCCAUGCCUAUCAAAGGAUAAAAAAUUACAUGACCGAUGGAAAUAUUGAAAAUGUUCAUUCUAAUCUUUCACUACCACCAAUGAAACAAAUUGCCUCUGGUAUCAGAAUUCGCGGUAGAGAGGUUGAAUCCAAGAGCGUUGAUGAUGCUCUUAGAGAUAUGGAUAAGAAUGCACUGGGUUGA